UAAAUAGGUUUUGAUCAAAGCCUAAAAACGCGAACAAAAACACUCAUCGUCGAGGCAGGAUCGAAGUGGAGGAACAAAAUGGACGAUUACACUCGAGAAAUGAUGGAUUUGAAGACUCUCGUCACCCGCACCCUCGAGAAAAAAGGCGUUCUCGCCAAAAUUAGAGCUGAGCUGAGGGCUAGUGUAUUUGAAGCUAUCGAAGAAGAAGACAGGGUAGUUGAAAAGGAAGAGGGUUUACCUCCUGCUCUGUUAGGUAGCUGCAAUGAUCGUGCAAAGGAACUUCAUGCGUCUCCUUCAGGGAGACUUCUAACUGCACUACUCUGUGAAUAUCUGGACUGGGCACAACUCAACCACACCUUAAAAGUAUAUUUGCCUGAGUGCAAUAUGCAAAAGGAUGCAUGGAAAUCUGAGUUAAAAGACUUCAGUAACAAGAAUGGAUAUGAUCUUAACAGCAAUGGGGAUAGUGGUCCUUUGCUUCUUGAUGUCCUUGAAGGAUUCUUGAAGUAUGAGAACUUAUCACAAGCCAUGAAUACUGGUAGGAGAUCAACUGCUCCGGAUCCUGAAUCAUAUUCCAACAUAGAAUCCCGAAAUGCUCGAAGACCUUCAUCAUCAACUGUUGCAGGGGGCUUACCUCCCUUGGGAAGGCCGGGUCCUGUUUCUCAAUCAUCAGAUAGGAGAGGUGGAUCGUCUGUCUCUGGCUACAGAAAGGAUGAGUAUGACUGGAGAUAUGAUAGCAAUGAACAUUCAGAGGAGGUUGGUCAGGCGUCAUCUGCAUUGGAAAAUCUUCGGUUGGAUAGAAAAGCUCACAAUUUGACGACUUCUUGGAGGUAUAAUACCAGUAGAACUUAAAGAAGUCACAUCAUAAAUUCAUAACCACGCAAUACUACAUCUCUGCAUGGUGGGGAUGGAGCAAGUGAAGAUGACGGUGGUAGGCCAGACCAUAUGUAAGCCGCAGUUCACAUGACAUCCUAAAAAUACUGACCAUGUCUGGUGUUCUGUCGCCUUUGAAUUAUGCUGCCAAAUGUGUGGAGUAAAGUUACCCUGUUUUAUUAUAUUAUUACCAUAUGUUGUUUGUUUUGUAUAACCUUUUAUCUUCUUUUUUUCCAGCCAACUAUAACCUUUUCAUGUUAUGCCGAGCUAAACGAACUCUUGUUAUUAGGUAUUCAUCUACUAACAUUUCUGGUCACAAUGGAACCGUAGAAUGUUAUAAAUCUAUCAUACCCUUGCAGGAUCGGAUUUGUUUUGGGCA